AUGGGCGAUAAAGACACUUUCGUUUGUGAAGGAAUGGGAAAUCCGGAUGAAAUUCGUAAAGCUGCUGGAAAAAUUCGUCAUGACAUUGGAAAUGUUAGUAUUGUUGUUAAUAAUGCAGGUGUUGUGACAUGUAAGAAUGUGUUAGACUUGGAUGUUGCAGAUAUUCGAAAGACAUUUGCUGUUAAUAUACAAUCACAUUUCUAUAUUAAUCAACAGUUUCUUCCAGCUAUGAUCGAUCGUCACUUUGGACAUAUUGUAGCAAGUUACAUGGAAUGUCUAGAAGAUGAAAUUUUUCGUUCAAAAUGUCACGGUGUUCAUAUAACAAUCGUCAUCAGUGGUCCAAUAAAAGGUGGUCUGACAAAAAAAGUGACAGAAAUAGUCAUUCCAGAAUCAGUUAAUUUCAUGUCAUCAACAGAUGUAGCAAGAAAAAUUGUUCAGGGUGUUAUAACAAAUCAAAAAUUUUUAUAUAUUCCAAAAUGGUAUCGUUUUCUCGAAUUUAUGAAAUCUUUUUUACCUUAUGAUGCAUUCAAAUCUAUUUUACAUUAUGUACUCAAUGUUAAUGAUCCAAAUUUAAAAAGAAAUCGUCCACGUCCCAUGAAAACCUAA